CGUCGCUCUGCGAUCAGCCUUCUCCCUGUGCGCCAUAUUGGGUUUGAGAGAGAAAAAUGACAGGACGAACGGCUGGACUGGGAUCGUCCUGAAGUGAAACAAGAAUGAGAACUUAGCUAAACUGUCUUUCCGGAAUAUGAAAGGGACAACGUAGAGUUUCUGUUUGUGUCAGUAUUUAAAGUGUUGACUCAACUGUGAAGCGCCUGUUUUAAAGGAUAUUUCUGUUUAAUCUUCACCAUCCCCCUCUGCUUCUCUUCAACUUACGGUGGAAGCAAGUUUGUUCUCGGCUCGGUUUGCAGUUGAGAUAAUUCGCACAUUUUAAAACUUAACGAGUCUCUGCUUCUCCCUGUGGGCACCUCUCGUCUUUUCCUCGGUCUUUUUUGCCUUUUACUGUGAACUGAGCUGCCACAUUCAGGAAGGUUGCGAUUGCUUGAAGAUAGAACUCGUGUGGUUGGCUCUGAGUUUCUAUUUGUUUAUUUUUCCUUCCUUUCUGGAUUGAAUUCCGCCCCGUUGUUGUGAAGGAGCUUGGAAACUGAGCGGAGGGAGCUGCGAAUAUCCCUGGCAGUAGUUGUCAAAUAGACGGAUAGAAUUAAAGAUGUCAAGCUGUAUACCGGCGGAUAUGAUUAACUUGCGACUCAUUUUGGUGAGUGGAAAAACAAAAGAAUUUCUGUUUUCACCCAAUGAUUCAGCAGCAGACAUUGCCAAACAUGUCUACGAAAACUGGCCAAUGGAUUGGGAAGAUGAAUUGGUCAGCAGUCCAAGCAUUCUUAGGCUCAUCUACCAAGGGAGAUUUCUACAUGGAAACGUAACUCUAGGAGCAUUAAAGCUUCCUCUUGGUAAAACUACUGUGAUGCAUUUGGUUGCAAGAGAGACAUUGCCAGAGCCAAAUUCCCAAGGUCAAAGGAACCGUGAAAAGACUGGAGAGAGCAAUUGUUGUGUGAUUCUGUAAAUACUUCCACUAACUGUUUACCGUGAUGUAAUAUAGUCCUUGUCAUUCAUGCUGCUGGUAUAGAAGAGAAGUAACGUUGCUUCAAGGAUCUUUUUUAAAAACAAACCUGAUUGUUCAUGAAAACAAGAUUAAAAACUGGAGCAUUACUGUUUUGAUUUAUUUUAAAGCUGUUCUCUGUUGUAAUGUUAAUUUGUUUUUCAUUUUCUAAGAGGUAUUUUUUGUUUUUAUUCAUUUAUGGGAUGUUCUGUCGCUGGCUCAGCCAACGUUUAUUGCCUAUCCCUAAUUGCCCUUGAGGGUGGUGGUGAGCUGCCUUCUUGAACCACUGCAGCCCCUGUAUUCCUUCGAUCAUUUCUGUAUUUAUUUCUAUAUACAGACAGGCAAAAUGAAACAGAAGAAUUUCACGCAUGAAUCCAUUCUGUUAUCACCGUGCUUUGUAGAGCUGAAAGGAGUACAUCAUGCUUUUUUUUUAAAAAUGCUCUUUUUUUAAACCCAGCCACUUCCUGGAGGAAAGUUGCACUGUUAAGUACAGUGUCAAUGUUGCUUUGUUUAACCAGAUGAUGAAGCCAGAAUUACUAAAAGAUGAAAUUACAUUAAACUCUUGGUAGAUAAUUGUGAAAUGAUGUUUGUUCUUCUAACCCACAAUGAUCUCUUGCAAUUUCCAUAGCCAUUAAAGUACGAAUAUGUCUGCUGUUAAAAAAUAAAGUGGACGUGCCUGUAUUUUGAUGAGAAUUUGUAGAUUUAAUUUCAAGAUUCUCUCUUUCUCUUUAUGCACUGUUUUGACGUGGCAUUAUCUGCAUCAGCUUAAUUUGUUGUACCAAGUGAAUCCUGCAGCAUACACCAGUGCAUUUUGUAGCCUUAAUGAGAGAGGGGAAAGUUUUGUUGAAGCAUUUCUUUCUCACUGCUGUGUACCAUUUACUGUAUUUGUGGUAGGAAGUCUGAUUAAUCAUCUCACCUGUUUUUAAUCUCAUAACCUUACUCUUGACUAUUGGGCUUAUUUUUAACCUAAUACAAAUUUAAAAUCUAAUGUGAGGAAUUCACUCAUUAAGCAUUAGCACAUUAUGUUCUUUUCCUGUACCAUGAUUAACUAUUUUAUUACUUAUCAUAAAUUGCUUUUCUGUAUUAAGUGCUUGCAAUUGUACAAAAGAUAGGGAAACCAAAUUAUCAGAAGGACCUAAUUUGUUGUGUAGGUUGGCCUUCCCUUUCCUUUUGUAUAAAUUACAGAUGAUAUGCUAAUUAAAACCUAGAGAAAUUUUGCACAGCACUGAAGCAUGAGCUACUUUCAUCUGAACCUGUAAAAAAAAAAAAGUUUUUAUAUUUUUCAGUGGGGGGGGGUUUCUUCCCAGCUGAAUUACAGAUGUGUAGAAUAUAUUUAAUAAGAAUCUUAUACAGUACAUGAGUAUAGAACUUAUUAACAAGUAUAGAUUUGCUUGUAGCAUAAUAGAAUAUACCAUGUAAGUAACAUUAGCAACUUUAAAAAGUCGCAGGUUGACAUUGUGUUCUGUAUCUAAUAAAAGCAUCUGCCCAGAUUGAGCUCAAUGGUAUAUGUCAUAGUUAGGUGGACAUGAUAUACCCAGUAAUGUUUUUUUUCUUUUACCUGUGUUUAUUGCUUUUAAAAUGCUUUACAUGCUAUAGUUCUUACGAAAUAUUGUUCAUAUUGAUCAGGAUCAAAUUUGUAUAGAGCUGAGUUUUGCAAUGAUUGUAAAUAUCACUGAACAUUUUCUUUCUGCAAGCUGUACUGAUAGAUACUUCUGUAAACUAAAUAAAAGAAUAUUGCAGUUCA